AUGUCCGCAGACCCCGUGUCCAUCGCCAUGGACGAUCAAGGAGAGAAAAUUCAACCCCAUCAACCGGAAGAGAAGAGAGUGCCCGAGCCAGCAUCUGAAGAAGUCACCAUGUCCCCGCCGUUGGCAAAUCAGGUCACCAUGACCGUUCGCACCCAACAAGGCUCGCCCAUGGAUAUGUCCGACCAGCCCGAGCAACACGCGAGCAACGGCAAGGCCACCGAACCCGUGAACGGCGAGAAAGUAGGUAUUGAGACUGUUUCUCAGAAAGAGAAGGAAGACGCGAGAAAUGAUUCCCCUCUGUCCCCCAAGCCGAGUCCUCCGAUGGAGAUCGAGGCAGACGAACCAGAAAUGAUUGAUAACUUCAACGAAGGCCAGUUCAUCCAGAUCUCUGGGGACGAAGGUUCCCUCUCGGCCGACAUCCUCGACCAGUUUCCUUUCGUUGACCGUUUUGCUUCCUGUGUGGAGGCUGCCAAAGCCAUGGCCACCCAUAUUGAUCGUGACGAUCAAAUCAUGGGCGAUUUCUUCGGCUCACUCGCCCAUUGGUUUGAGACUCAGGUGACAAUCCUGUCUCAACAUGGCGCCGACUGGGAUGAGUUGUAUCUCAAUGAGAGGGAUCUCUGGGAGCAGGUCGCGACCAUCUUUAUCAAACUAUUUACGCGCAGAGUUCAUUUCGGGACCAGAAUCAGCGUCAUCGACGCGGAGUCCGGUCUCACUCGACUUCUGCGGAGCUACGUGAAAAUCGUCGCACGGCUACUAGAGACCGAUGUGAUCCUGAUUCGAGAGACUCCAUUAAACUGUGUCCAAAAGCCGCUGUUGUUCAGCCCCCGUCAUUUGAAAGCCCUUUGGUAUUUCUUACACGACCAAGAAGAACCGGUGCUUCGAGAUGUGCUGGAUCGUGAGUAUCGGCUCUCAGUGGACGGCAUUUGCCAGAAAACCCUAUUCAGCUUCCUUGAGGACGGCACCGACGGAAUGAAGUACCUGGCAAACCUGUGCCAAGAGUGCAUGGCACGUAUCUACUCUUGCCCAACUUAUGGCCACAACGUCCUCUUUAUCCUGCGACUUGCUGGAGAGACUAAUCGGCUUGCCAGCAAGCUGUACCGCCCACGCUCGUUUCCAGUCGACGCGGCGAUCGGUCCGUAUCCGUCACAAGCGAUUGCUCUUUUCCGAGCGGUACACAACAACCUCUUCGGAUCCGUUCACAAACUUCCUUCAUCAACGUCAGCAGACCUUCGUCGACUGUUCUACCUCGUACCUGGAAGGGUUCUCCAUACUGCCACAUUUCUCAACAAGGAUAUUGCCGGUCAGACGUUUGAUGACUUUGUCGGCGUGCCUGGCGCAUGCCAGCUGAAUGACCGGGGCACCGUGGCCAUGUAUUUUUGGAAAGUGCGGUUCCUGAAGGAGUACAUCUGCGGCGGGAAGAUGGACACUCGCGUGUUCGGUAUCGAGACCAUGAGUCAAGAACUCGUGGACUUUUACAAGACGCAAGGCGAAGGUCCUGGUUCACAGGGAGCACUGAUGCAGCUCGUUGCACAGCUUCUCCUCGAUGAGAAAAUCAUCGAGUAUAUAGUUGGGGUGGAUUCACACCCUCAGCUCAUCCAACGAAGCAGCAAUAUACUCGGGUUCCUCGUCGUGACGAACAAGUACACGAACGAGACGGCCGACAUUGUCUGGCAAGCCCUGGCGAAAAGUCAAGACCCUCGGGUAGCAGCAGCGACGGUCGAAAUGCUCUCACACAGCAUGCAGCUGAUGCCGAUAUCAGACUUACUCUAUCUAUUCGGCAAACUGGAUGAAUUGCCAUCGGAUGCAUUUCAAAACGAAAUCCUAGGGUUCAUGACUAGUCUGGCUCAGUUUUUCCCACAGCGACAGCCGGAGUGGAUGCGAGACACGUCGAGGAUGGUGCCUUUUCGACUGCUUGUCCGCCUGCUACAAGACACCAGUGCACCCAGCUGCCCCAUCAAGAACUAUCGGGAAGUCCAUGAAGAAGCUUCGCGUUUGAUUUGCCUUCUGGGUCGAGCGACGGAUAGAGAAGCUCGUCGUGAGCUUUACACGAACUGUGCAGCCCGAAUCAACACCAGCAACGAUGGCGCAACCGGCGAAAUCCAAGCGCUUUCCCAUGUUGCCCGUCUAUUCAAGACAGACCACACGUUCCUUACCGGAGAUCUAGGUCUUUCAUCACUGGUCUUGAAGGAUCUGCAGCGCUUCCAGCAUCAAGUCCGCGAAACCUCGAAUGAAUCCAAAUUGGGACCUAUGCAAUCCCAGAUCAUGAAGCAUUCGCUCAACCUCCUUCUCACCCUCCUUCUCCACGAUUGCGAUUCGUUGCCGCUUGAAGAAUACAACGAUCUUUGGGAAACACUUUGCGGAUCCGGCGCCGUUAAUGACGACGCCCGCGAUCAAGUUUGGUCCAGGUUGGCCGAUGUAGCUCGGACGUCGACCAGUACUCAUCCGUUUAUUGAUCGAUGCAUAGAGACCCUCUUGCAGGCGCUUCAACCCGUUCAUUUCACAACUGGAGCGUUCGAUUUUGUUCAUCAUGCGGCGUACUACGCCACCCGCGCCUCCCCGGGCCCUCAUUUCCUUGAGAACGGAAUACUCACCGUUCCUUGCGAAGGUAUCCUCUGGCGAAUGGUCCUUUUGGCACGUGAGCAUGAAAUCGCGGAGAAUGUUAUGCGUCUGUUGGCGAAGUUGUAUCUCAAUCCUUUGCAGUUGCGUUCGGUUCCGAAGCAACAAAUCGAGGCCAUGCACGUCUCCGUUGUCAACCGGUGCCUCACAUUGCUGUUGGAAUCAUGCGGACGAGACGGGAGCAUGACCGAGUUCGAACAUACGGCCAUGCCAUUCGACAUCCCUAUAUCGGAGGAACCAACCCAAUCCUUCUCCCGCGCGAUUCAGUUUCUUGGAAUCCUUCUCCAUCAAGUACGGACCAACAAGGAGUUCGCGUCCGCUCCGCUCACGGCAGUUGGCGUGGGCAGGGUGAGUGACGAGAUUGUUGGUGACCCCGUCACAUUCAGCUACCAAGCUUUUGGAGACGAUGCGAACCCUCCCGAGAUCCGCACUGCGCAAGUAGGCGACUUAGAAACCCGUCGAGACUUCAUCCAGCGUCUCGCGAAGUUGACCGGGUUCUCGACGUUCCAGCUAAUCUGCGCCGGCCAGAAAGUUGAACCUGGCGCCUUUCCGACGCAGACGUUGAGGGACUGGGGCAUUUUUGGAAAGGGGCUUUUACUUAUCCGGAGAACGGCGGAUGCCCCGGCGAUCAUCGAGCCGAAUGCGCCGAUUGGCGUCUAUUCGUCCGCGAUCGAGGCCGAAAUCUGUAGCCAGCUGAAGUCGUUCUAUCGAUUCCUGGAAGCCGACGACCCCAUCGCAGGCGCGACGUACUCGUUUCUGAAGAAGUUUGUGCCGACCGAACUCGCCUGCAUAGAGACGAUCCAUACGGAUCCCAGUCACGUCUUCGUACAUGGAAAGCCCUUCAAGGUCCAGUAUUCACUUUGGUGCCUUGAAGCGCAUCUGAAUCGCCAGAGGAACAUGGGCCUCGUGGAGCAGACGUUUGUCACUCACGCCAUCCAGCUACUGCUCAGUUUCAUCCUCGAUUUCCCACAAUAUCCCGCCAUCAUCUCCGGCAGCGAAGAGGUGGAGCAGCUCUGUCAAGUUAGCAGCCUUUGUCUGCGGUUAACACACGAAUAUAAACCGGACGGUGACGUGGGCAUCAAAGUCCAAAAUCCCGAGAAAAUCACCUCGAACAUCCUCCGCGCACUCAAGGCGGUACUCGCGAGUCCAUUGGAAAUGGCGGAUGUGGCGGCGUACAAUUUCUACAAUUUCCUCGUCCAGUCGGUGAAGUUCUCGGCGGACAUCUGGCACGCUUUUACAUCGGCAUCUGACGUUGAGGAUAUGCAUUACCUGCUCUUAGUCCAGGAUAACCGCCCCGGUCUGCGGUCCGCCAUCGCCAAAGUGAUCAAGAUGGUCUCCGAGCAACCUUCGCCAGGAUCGCGCGUCGAUAUCCGAGAAAUCGCCCAGUUGUUCUGGAAGAUGGCGUUGUCGAUCAUCCCACGGACGGUGGAGUCUCCCAAAACCUCGACGGAUUUCUACGGUCUCGCCCGUGACCUUUUCGCCAUUGUCAUGCAGCGGCAUGCUGAUGUUGUCGAUAAAGCCUCUCUUGCCAACCACAUCGAGACUUGGCGCACGAUCCUAAUGAGCCAUGCGCAUGAAGAGAUUGUCGGGCGCGACCUUCCCGACAUCCUGAUCUUUGGACUUGCUACGUUGAUCACAUACGGAAUACAAUGCCUGAAUCGGCCAGGGGAUCAAUACCGAGAUGACGAGUUUAUGGAGCAUGUCUUCUCAAGCUUCCUGUUCCCGCCGCAUGCGUUCUUGGAAGUUGUUAAGGGCGGUGUACCUCUCAAGAUCAAUCAUCCGGUGCUCGAAAGCACAACGCGCAUGGCCCUUUAUCAACUAGUGACCACGUUGGCCCUUGAACGCAGCCAGUUUCAGCGCCUAGUCAACCUUGCUGAAGGCGCUAUGCUCUCCGAGGAAGGUCGGUACUACCUCUACGACCGAUCAAGAACCCUUCGAUCAUCGACCGGCCAUGUUGGGAUUCGGAAUCUAGGCAACACAUGCUACAUGAACUCGCUUCUCACGCAGCUCUUUAUGAACCUCCAAUUCCGACGCUUCGUCCUGAGCCUCCCGAUUUCGCAGACGAACGGAUCGCAGAAUCUGCUAGAAGAGACGCAGAAGCUAUUUUUGAAAAUGCAGAACAGCUAUAUCAAGGCGGCCGACGCGGGGGAGUUGGCAAGGUGCAUCCGGACGUACGAUGACGCACAGAUCGAUAUUGCCAUCCAGAUGGACGUAGAAGAGUUCUUCAACCUGCUGUUCGAUCAAUGGGAGGGGCAAAUGGUUUCCGCGGACGACAAGCAACAGUUCCGGUCCUUCUUCGGCGGGCAAACGGUGAACCAGAUUAAGUCGAAAGAGUGCGAGCACAUCUCGGAACGAUCGGAGAGCUUCAUCGCCAUCCAAUGCGAUGUGAAAGGGAAAGCCAAUCUCUUUGAGAGCCUGCAGGCAUACGUCGAAGGCGACGUCAUGGAAGGAGAGAACAAGUACAAGUGCGAAUCCUGUGGCGGAAAGUUCGUCGAUGCGGUCAAGCGUUCGUGUCUCAAAGAAGUCCCGGACAACGUCAUCUUCCAUCUGAAGCGGUUUGAUUUUGAUCUUGGUCUGAUGCAGCGGAGCAAGAUCAACGAUCUGUUCGAGUUCCCGAUGACGAUCGAUCUUUCCAAAUACACUGUGGAACACUUGAAUGACCCCAGUCAGCCAAUCGAACCAGAUAUCUUUGAACUGGUGGGUGUAUUGCUGCACAAAGGUGUCGCAGAGCAUGGACACUACUUUUCCUAUAUCCGCACACGGCACACCUCACAGGACGUGGAACCCGAGUGGCUGCAAUUCGACGAUUCGGAUGUCACGGUCUUCAACCCGGCGGAAAUUCGCGAAAAGUGCUUCGGUGGCCUAUCGGACGUCAAAGAGUCGCACUUUGGGACGGAAUACCACACGCCGAUGCUCAAGGGCUAUAAUGCAUAUAUGCUCUUCUACCAACGGGCCUCCAGCAUCAAGAAGGAUGAAGAAGAGUGGAGCGGUCGAUGCGAGAAGAUUCCCCCUCACGUCCCAGGACCCCCGGAUUUGGAAGAACAAAUGGCCCACGAGAAUGAGCUGAUAUUACGGGAAUAUUGCAUGUUCGAUCCCAACCAUGCGGGGUUCGUCAAGUUUCUCUUGGACCGGCUCCGUGGCGAUGCACCGCACGACGAGGAUCCUAACAGCCAUGGUCUGCAUAUGCAAGUCAUCGAGCUUGUUGUCUCCCAUUUGCAUCAAGUGUUUGGUCGGACUAAAGAAACCCCCAUAUUCGAGGACAUGGUUACGCUGCUCAAAGAUACACUCGGCGAUUGCCCCACGUGCAAUGCGCUGGCGUUGAACGCCUUCAUGAAAGACCGAAACGGCACCUACGCUCUCACGGAUCUGCUGAUUCGCUCUACACUCCCUAAGGUCCGUCUCGGGAUCAGGCAACUGAUCAUAGACCUGCUUAAUUCUCUCCGAGAGUCGGAUCCGGUCUCCUACGGGCUUCCUGCGGAGGGGACCUCCACACCUGAGGUCUCUGACGAUGGUAUAUUGCCGAUGGUCGUUCAAGCGUUGCACUCCUCUCUUCCCGGACUUUUCUGGAACGCACGGGCUUGGGAAGAUACGUUCGGGUUGCUAUGCGACAUAUCGAAGCGCGGCAUCUUCGAGAUCAGCGUCAUCUUCCGUACUGGCGUGUUCAGCUAUUGCUUCGACAUCCUCGUUGCCCAUCAUGAUUACAGGAUCAGGGAGGAUCUCGAGCGGCUGCUUCGGUGCAUAGAGCGACGGAGCCCUCCUCAACACCGACUCUUCGAACUUUUCUAUCAUGUCUUGAUGCAGAUCGACCUGGACGCUGACCCGGUCGAUACGGAAACCGAGCGAGUCCAGGAGUAUGACGCCAACACUCACAUGUUCCCUCCCACGAGUCAUGAUAUUGAACGACUGCAGAUGUGGGACCCGAAGGAGAAGUCGCUGAUCUUCUUCAACCGCAUGUUGGACAAAUGGGACACGGCAAGGGGUGACGAGUUCUUCCUUGGCGAGCUUGUGCCCUUUCUCCUUGACGCACCAGCGCAUCUUGGGAUCACCAACCUUCUUUUCAUGACCAUCUUUGAGGGCAUUGAGCAGGUUGCGCACAUAUACGUUGCCCCAUAUCUAUUGGCGGGACUUCGCUUCUGUCAGUAUGCCCGCGAGCCGGUUCCCGUCGUCGAGAUCAUCCGCGCAGCAGCACGAAGCACCGCGUCCCUCGACGGACAGGGCGGCGAGUUCCACGUUCGCUUCUUCAAUGAACUUCGCAAGGUAUCCAAUGAACAUCUCACCGCCUCAAUCCCCGAUGGCGAGCACAUCAUCCUCGACACAAUCCUGGAACUAACCCCGAACUGGGGAUACCGUCUAUUGAGCUACCCCGAUGUCGGCGUCCGCGAAGAAUCCGUGCAGCUGCUCUCCGAGCUCCUCUACGAAACGGCCGCGGUUCCCGAGAUCGUCGACGGCCCGGCCGACGGCGGUAAUGUGGUCGAUCCGCUGUUCCUUCGGCGGAUGUGGAAGACGCGUGAGCUUCUCAAAACCAUGAUGCACAAAGCCGAGAACGUGAUCUCGUCCGAAGUAUUCUCGAAGCGGGGGAUGCAGGAGCUCAUGGAGGUAAUGAACGGCAUGGCGAACUGGCUGCACUUGGUGCAUCAGACAGCGGUUGCGAUGGAAGAAGACGGGCAUGAGUUGGCUGCGGAGAUUGAGAGAUUCAGAGCGGAUGAUGAAGCCUUGGUCGAGAGGUGCAUGAACUGUACAGGCAUUUAUGAGCAGUGGCCGAAUAGCGAUGAGCAUGAGGAGAUACAGUCUGAUAACGCCGAGUGUUGGGGAGUAUCAGACAUGUCUGGCGACAGCGACGAUGGUGUCGAGGCGGAGACUUAA